AUGCCUGUCCCAGAGACGUACGGCGUGGUCCACCUCUCCACGGGGGACAUCCUGAGGGCGGCGGUGCGGGACGGGACGCCGCUGGGCGCGGAGGCGAAGGGCUUCAUGGACAGAGGGGAGCUGGUGCCGGACGAGACGAUCUGUGGCGUGAUCUUGGACCGGCUCAAAGAGAAGGACUGCCAGGAGAGGGGCUGGUUGCUCGACGGCUUCCCGCGAACCAAGGCUCAGGCGGAGGCUCUGGGGAUGCUCCCAGAUGCCUUCGUCCUCCUGAACGUGCCGGACGAGCUGCUGGUGGAGCGGGUGGUGGGCCGCCGCACCGACCCGGCGACGGGGAAGAUCUACCACCUCAAGUACAGCCCGCCCCCGCCCGAGGUGCCGAGGGAGCGGCUGGUGCACCGGUCGGACGACACGGAGGAGAAGGUGCAGGUCCGGCUGAGGGCCUUCCAUGAGCACUGCGACGCAGUGGCGGGGUGCUACAAGGACGUGCUGGUGCAGGUGGACGGGACGGCCAAGAAGGAGGCU